AUGGGAAGGGUAAAGCUAAAGAUUAAGAGGUUGGAGAAUACAAAUGGGCGUCAAGCAACUUAUGCGAAAAGGAAGCAUGGGAUCAUGAAGAAGGCUAAUGAAUUAUCCAUACUAUGUGAUAUAGACAUUGUCCUUCUUAUGUUUUCGCCCACUGGGAAGCCUUCUUUAUGCAGUGGAAAACGCAGCAUUGAAGAGGUUAUAGCAAAGUUUUCUCAACUAACUCCACAAGAAAGAGCUAAAAGGAAACUGGAAAGCCUCGAAGCACUGAAGAAAACAUUCAGGAAGUUGGACCAUGAUGUGAACAUACAAGAAUUUUUGGGUACAAGUUCUCAAACAGUCGAGGACUUGAGUAACCGAUCUAGGUUGCUGCAAACCCAAAUUUCCGAAAUAGAGAAGAGAUUAAGCUGUUGGACGAACCCUGAUAAGGUCAACAGUGUAGAUCAAUUGGGGCAAAUGGAAGAUUCAAUUAGAGAAUCGCUUAACCAGAUUCGAACACAUAAGGAAAAUUUACAAAAACAACAACUAAUGUCAUUAGAAUGCACCAGUCAGUUCCAAAAUGGAUUACAUAUACCCUUCAGCAUGAGUACUGAGCAUCAGCUCCAGCCUAUGCCAUGGAUUCCUAGUAAUGAAAACCGGCACAUCGUUUUACCAGAGGACCCGACGUUGCUUCCUCAUAGGGACAUGGAAUGUUCUGCAAGUUCCUCCUUUGGCAGUUAUUCUGGUUACCUUGGGACAGGAAAAAGUCCAGAGAUUUCCAACUCUGGUCAGGAAAACGGUAUUCUAAACGAGUUAAGCAGAACUGCACCACUGAGGGUACAGCUGGGAGGGCAGUUUUCCUCCUACCUUCCAUACAAUCUCAAUAUGUUGACCGAUACAAAAUUCCAACAACCCGCAGAAAUGAGUCCUCAAGAAAACCCUGUGGAAUAUCAUGUUAAUGGAAGCUUUGAAGCUCCUAGACCUGAUUUUUUCGCUACCCAGCAUAGCUGGGCAUCUACAUCUGGUCCCUGUGCUGUUACUAUGUUUGACGAGCAUUUAUUUUCCCAGGUCAGUUUAUAUCUGGAUUUCGCAGUUAUAUUUGCAUGCUUCGAUUUGAAUUUUAACCUCCUGCUACACUGCAAUGACUGA